CCGGCUGAUGGGCCGCCUCAGCCAUCUGUAGCAGCUGAGGCUGUAGCAGCUAAGGCUGGGGUACCUGCAGCUGUAGCAGGUGGAGCUGGCGUAGGAGGCAUAGGAGGGUCAGGUGCUGCUGGUGUAGCAGCAGUCGCUGGAGGCCCAGGUGAUUGGGGCCCCGCAAUGGGUGAGGCAGCAGAUGAGGGGGAAUGUAAGGAUGUGGUUGGAUGGAAUGGCGCUGGGGUUGCAGGAGGUACGCAGAUCGGUGAACCGGAGCAAGAGCGAGAGCUGCAGGAGGGCCAGCAGCAGCAGCAGCAGCAGCAGCAGCAGCAGCAGCAGCAGCAGCAGCAUGAGCGGCAGCAGAGGCAACAUGUGGGGUGGGCGGAGUGGCAGAAGAUGGGCAUCCGUUUGCAGGAGCAGUUUCAACAGAAGCUGCUGAGUCAAGCUAAGGAGGGGGAGAAGGACAAGCCUUCUGCAGAGGGCAGUGGAGCGGAAGAGGAAUCACACAGCCAGUGUGUAGCUGCAACUGCAACUGCAGAUAGAUUAACAGCAUUGGAUGGGGCUGUUUGGGUUGCUGAUGUUGUCCCAGACCCUCCUGGUGCCUCCUGUGCGCAUGUUGAAAGCACAGAAGAUGAGGGAUUUGCGUCGGCAAGUGUGAGCAAUGCAGGCCUAAAGCCUGUGGGAACAGAAUCUGUGGGCUCUUCUUUAGACCCAUCAGGUGUAGGUGGAGCGCGAGGUGGUGAUGGGGCUGGCGGUAGUGGCGGCGGCGGCAGAUGGGAAGUGGCUGGAUGGUUCCGCCAGGUGACUGGUUGGGAAGGCGCAGCAAUGCCAUCAGAGCGGCUUGGGAUGCUUAGUACGAACUACCAACACUAGCGACAGCAGCAGCAGUAGGAACUUAGCAUGCUUAGGGGCGCUUGCAUCGCAGAUUAGGGGUUGGCUUGCAACGGCUAGCAGGCUUAGUAGGGGAUUUGAGCAGGUUUUAGCACUGUCACCACAUGAUGACCAUAUAGAUGUUUGCUAAUGUAGCUGGAACAAUGUCCAUGAAUAACGGUUGCUCAUUUUG